AUGGUCCCAAAGGCCGCUACUGAUGACUGGCACCCCUGCGGCAAUUACAGGCCCCUGAACAACAUUAUUGUCCCGAACCGCUACCAUGUUACACAUCUUCAGGAUUUUGCCGGUACCCUAUUCGGCAAAUCAGUGUUUUCGAAGGUUGGCCUGGUCCGUGCUUUCCACCAAAUUCCCAUCGCCCCAAAAGACGUUUUGAAGACGAAUGUCACCAACCCCUUUGACUUCUUGGAGUUCGUACGCAUGCCGUUCGGAGUCCAUAAUGCCUCACAGAACUUUCAGAGGUUCGUAAGCAGAGUGCUCCUCGGCCUCCCAGUUGACUACGCCUAUAUCGACGACAUUCUGGUAGCAAGCUCCACCGCCGAAGAACACAUGGAGCCCUUUGUAACGCUGUUUGGACGACUUCGACAAUUUGGCGUUUUUGUCAACCCGUCCAAGUGCGUCUUCGGUGUUCCCUCCCUAGAAUUUAUCGGUCAUCUGGUCGGCCACCACGACAUCUAUUUCCUUCUCUCGAAGGUUGCGGCCAUCCGUGAUUUCCCUCCUUCCUCUUCUGCAGCGAUUUCUGGCUAUAGUAAAUUUAUACCACCGGUUCCUUCCGCUCUGCGCCGACACUUUCCUGCCGCUCACGAGCGUCCUCUGGGGCUCAAAAGGAUCGUUCGGGCUGCCUGCAGAAGCCCGCGCUGCCCUAGUUGACGCCAUUCUUCUGACGCAUUUUUCUCCCAAUGCACCCAUUUCCCUCAUGGUUGACGCCUCCUAUGUUGCAAUAGGCGCGGAUCUUCAAUUGCACCUUGCAGGUUACUCCCAACCCUUAGUCUUCUUUUCCAGAAAGUUGUCACUUGCCGAUACGCGCUAUACAACAUUUGGACGGGAACUCCUUUCUGUCUUCCUCGCAGUGAAACACUUCCGGCACUUCCUUGAGAGCAGGGACUUCACAGUAUUCACGGAUCACAAGCCCUUUCUUUCGUUCUCAAGCCCACCUCUAACAAGCUUAACCCCGGAGAAAUUUGCCAACUGGACUACAUCUCGCAGUUUACAUCAGACAUCAUCCACAUCGACGGGUCACGCAAUGAGGUGGCUGAUGCACUGUCCAAGCUCUCCAUAGCACAUCUCCAACGUUCUCCCGGGAUCUACCUUGGGGUGAUGGCUGCCGAACAACGCCGUGUUGGUUCGCUCUGUGACGAGAACGUUUCCGGACUCCAACUCCAGGACCUGCCACUGACUACUGGCAACGGCACCAUUCUAUGCGAUGUCUCCAUUAGUUCCCACCGUCCUUUUCUGCCGCCAUCCCUCUGCCGUAAAGUCUUCUCGUCCCUACACAACCUUUCUCACUCUGGGAGUCGAGCUCCCGACAAGCUGGUUCCUGACCGCUUCGUCUGGCCUGGGAUACACAAGGACCUGAAAGCAUGCACACGGGCGUGUAUCGGCUGUCAAUGGAAUAAGGUUCAAUGGCACAACAAAACUCCCACCGGCGCAUCCCUUACUCCGGAUACACGAUUCAGUCAUGUCCACCUGGACAUCAUAGGCCCUAUGCCCCUGCUCAAAGGCCGUUCCUAUCUCCUCCCCUGCGUGACUCGGUUCACCCGGUGACCUGAAGUCAUUCCCCGCCUGAACUUGCUGUUCCAACGGUGGCCGAGGCUUUUCUCAGUUGUUGGGUUGCCAUCUUUGGCGCUCCCUCCACUAUGCCGACUGACCGCGGUGCCUAGUUUGAAUCCAACCCCUUCCGAUCUUUCCUCUCCUUUUAGGCUGUACACGCAUCCGGACGACGGCCUAUCGCCCGGCUGCCAACGGGAUGGUCGAGCGGUUUCACCGCCAGCAGAAGGCCUCCCUACGCGCCAUGGCCGAAAACUGGACAGACCACCUUCCCCUCGUCUUGUUGGGCAUCCGCCCAGCUCUCAAAGCGGGCCUUGACUGUUCCGCAGCUGAACCAGUGUUCGUCGCUGUCGUCCGGGGAGAUUAUCUCGCUAACCCAGCUAGGUGCGGUUGAGGAUCCUUCCAACCUCCUGCACCGCCUCCGGCCGUUUAUGCGGACAUUUUUUCCGGUUCCGUGCAGGUUUUUUGCCUCUCGAGAAAGAAAUGGCAGCGUGCUCUCACGUCCACAUUCGAUUUGAUCGAGUCUGCCGGCCUCUGGAAACGCAACAUGACGGCCCCUUAGGAGUUAUCUCUCGUGGAACGAAGAACUUACGCAUCAAACGCGAAACUCACGAGGAGGUUGCGAGCGUGGAUCGUCUCAAAGUUGCCGUCCCGGGCACUCCUCUGAAUGAGCCCUGUGAUCCCCUACCCCCUGUCCCCCCUCCUCGACCCUACAUCCCUCCGUUCCGUAUACUUCCUCUACACCCAUUUCCGAAACCCGCAACUGCAACUACCCCCUCAUCAACCUCCAACACUGUAACCGCAAGUCAUACUCACUCUUCCCCUCUACCUCCUUCAUUUAUCACGCGUAGUGGACCCCGGGUUAAUUUUCUUGACCGGUUGGUUACUCAUGUUUUUAGACAUGAGCAGUUCCUUCGGUCUGGUUGGGAGCACUGUGGCAGCCCUCACCUCCUUUUAUCUCCGCGCUUUGUCACGCUGCCCUUCUGCCCGCCCCACACCCCCUGCCAAGUCGCUGCUGGGACGCACGAGGUUUGUCCCUAGCCUCGCGAGAGCUCCAGCGCAAUCAACGCUGGCCCUCUUUUGAUUGGCUGGCGGACCCUGAGACAACGAAAGGCGCACACACGUGCUGGGUCUGAGCACCUCAGCGACAGACACAGACACACAACUUGCUAGGAGAGCGCGCUCGCGGCGACUGCUUGGGGAGCUUUGUGUACGCACUUCCAGCAGUAAAGGUUGUCCAAGUCAAACCGUCUUCCCUGACUUCUGAUUUGGGAAUCCUUGUCUGUCGACCAUACCACUUCCGACAGUACCACAACACUUGCUGCAAAACGCUCACUAACCAGGAUCCAAUAUCACGGCAAAAAUAGAGGGCGACAAGGAUCCCGAUAACGCCUGCCAGUCUUCCAUCUAGCCCCGAUAAAGAUCAACCCAGCCACGGAUCCCCAUUGGCGCGAUGUGCGUCUGCACCCGGACCAGUCGCCAUAGCUCCAAUGCUUGCAUUUAUUGUGGUUGCGCAUUCCCGAUAACGCCAGUCGCACUCCGAUCUAACUCCCCCUUUCCGCGCGUUGUUCCAGCGCAUCUAUCGCAUGGUCUGUAGAUGCGGCGACACACACAGUCAAGAUUUGCUAUCACCUGUUUACCUCCCCGCAUCCCUCCAAGACCGCGGGAUUAGUUGACAAGACUGCCGCAACAAAUAUUACUAUGCAGGUACUGAUUAGUGCAGUCAGGGGUUGCAAACCUAACCAACGUAACGACAUCGAUAGCUUAAGCUCAUGAAGAAGCAGAAGACGUAAGUAUUGGCGAUAUCCUCUGCUUCCCACUCCGCCAGGCCCUCAAGAAAUGACCACUAUCAGUAGUCAUGAUAGUGAGACCGUCAAACUUAUAGUCAUUUUCAUACUUCAAAUUUCAUCUCCGACUCGGAUUAUGGUGGUCGCCAAUUCUACUUUAUGCCGGAAACCUCACGUGUUUGUCUGUUUUGUUGAGGAGGAGGAUCCCCAAGUUGUAGUGGGGCAUCAUCGAAUUGUCGAGGCCAACUCCUCUGUAUACCGAAAUAACCAAGAGAAGUUAGCUCAUCCCUUCGUAAGGAGAUUGUCACUGCUUUAAUGAUGCUAAUGAGCACAGUAGAAGAAAGUUUGAAUGCUGCAUUCUUUCUGAACUGCACGACUGCUAUGAUAUCGAAUGAUCUCGAUAUUAAAUCCUCUCUCGGAAAAUGACACUUGUGAAGUUACUAUGGGCGUACCUUUGUGUGGUUACAUCCAAAACAGCCAACUGCCUCCUAGUGUCUUAUUAAAAGCAAAGUUGUUGCGAGGAAGACAUUACUCAGUAUCUGACGCAGCUGCCCGACAUUCGAACUGAAGGGUUUGUGGGACAAUAACAUCAAGCCGCUGCAGUGCUAAUUCAAGGAGGAGUCCUGAUUUCGGCGAGCGGAGCGAAAUUAUCUUAUAUUGUUAAUAGAACUUAUUUUACGCAGAAAAAUCGUCUAGGUACCAACACGCCGGACGUAGACUACACUUGCACGGGCUUUAUCAAUCGUCCGUCUGUCUUGUACCCUCUGAAUUGAGGCAAAUACGCCUGUAAAGGGAGACAUCGCGUGAUACUCACUUGUGAGGUUUAGAAUCUUGCUCCAUCCCGUUCCAUAAAACCCACAGUAGUUCUAAAGACAUGGUUUGAGCGUUUGUAAACUGCGUUUUAAAAUCAGGAGCAUUUGUUUUUGUAAUUUCACAUCAUAUGACAAUGAGCGUAAGAAAGCAACGAUCUCGGAAGAUGGGGUAGCUUCAUGUGGACUCACUUUUUAAUCUUUCAUCAUUCGGAAGAAUGGCUGAGGGUUUUCAAUGCCUGUUAAACCGCUUGGUAACAGUUUGAUAAAGUAAUUCAAUGAGUGGCACUUUAAUUCUUAUUGGGACAUUUUCUCUCUGCGCCACAAGACAAGUUUGCGCGACAAGACAAAGACCAUAUUCUAUAACUUUCAAACAAUCAAGGAUGCUAGAAUACGCCAUAUAGGCGUGGAGGCCUUAGACUGUCAAGGACUAUACCGUCUUUGAGAAGGUCCAGAGACGGGCGACAAACAUGACAAAAGAUCUGGGAGCACUGCCCUAUAAAACCAGACUGUCAAUUCUCAGCCUGUUUCCCCUUUCCUACAGGCAAUUACAUGGUGAUCUUAUACUAACAUUUCGCAUUAUCAACGGCCUAGACUGUUGUUUAGAUCCCACUGAUUAUUUCACUUAAGCUAACACGCCCACUUUGCGAGGUCGUCCCUUAAAACUACGCGCAUGGAAAGUAAGGAUCAAUGGACGAAAGUUCUUUUUCAAUAACAGAGUGGUUGCAGCUUGGAAUGCCCUGCCUACCGAUGUUGCAAUCUCCUCCUAUGUAAAUUCCUUUAAGUGUAGACUUGACACGCAUCAAGCUUCCCGAUUACCACCCUCACACCCACUCACAUAACCCGGUACCACAUACGUAUUUAUACUACUUGUAAUUAGUAAGUAACCGUUAAUUAUUACUCUUCUUCGACUAGCUGUCAUCUGUCCGCGGUUAUGUACAAAAUCCCUUUUUCACCUUCCCACUUAUCAAUGUUUUUAUCCGACAACUUGUAACCAAUAGGGAGUUCAAAGGCGCCCGCAUAUAUUUUCCUUAAUAAACUGAAAAUGAAACUGAUCUAAUGGGUGACACUUUAAUUCUUAUUGGUGCAUUUGCUCUCUGCGCCAUAUGUGUGUGCGCGACACGACAAGUGCCACAUUCCCAGAGUGGUCUGGAACCAUAACUUUCAGACAAGCAAGGAUGUUUGUUUUUGUGACCGUUUUGACCCGUUUCUUCGGCGAUUCAAUGAGCACGAUGUAGGCUUCUCUGACAGAGAAGACAUAGUUUGCCCUCCUUGCGAAUGCAGUCUUUUCCUAAUGACGCCUGAGCCGUCUUUGUCAGCACACACACAAUAACUACACUGUCAUCCGUCUUCAACGAUCGCAACCGCUUUACUUUGUCGAUUGGUAAUGUAUGGUAAUGAUUUCUUUGUCGAAGGAGACCACUGACGCAGCUGCGUAUCCCCGCACGCAUCUCUCCAGGAACGGCAGGUUUCAGGAGGAGACAUUCAAGGCUAGCUAGGAAGUUUAACUGGUGCAGCAACGGGAUGGCCGAAUUUUAUUUCUUUAAAUAGGAAUUUCAUUUCAGCGAAAGUUCAGUUUACUUGAGGAUGAUUUACGACCCUCGUAGACAUGAUGCAAUCGUUCAUAGAAGGGAGAAGGAAUUGGAAGUUCUCUUGUAAAUCGGCUCGUUCCUUAAUUCUAACGCCACUGAUGACAGCCUUCAUAUGCUAAAGUAAGUCUCCAAAAACUUUUAGGUUACACAUGAAACGCGCUAGCAUCUAAGGCUAAAAGCUGUCGAUUCGAAGAGACAGAGACGAUCCUGGACGUCGAAUAUCAUAACAAUCGAGACCCCCGCGAGCAGUCUUUCAGUCUCAUUCUGCAAAGUGUUCUUAAAUCGAAGAGACUUCCGUAGGAUAACAUAAUCGUGACAGCGGUGAAGAAAAUUUUGCUGUUUGUAUGUAUUCGCCUACUUCUGUACGCAUUUAUCUCAACCCCUGCUGUGAAUACGUUUCUAACGCCAAGAAAUAUGUUGAAUAAUAAAGGUGGCGUUCAUUCCGUGAAACCUUGAUGAAAUGUGCAAAAAAUCAAGUUGUACUGGAGAAUCUUCACGUUGACAGCACCAACCUUCUGUUGUACUAAAUGAACAAGAAGAGUAGUGAACUCGUCCAAUAUGACGGCAGUGUCAUCUUUGUAAUCGGUAACGACAGUAAAACUAUGAUCGAAUCACCGGAAUAGUAAUCCUUACGCUUCUUCGGCACAUGGUCUUGUCUGAAACCUUUUUGAGGCAGGAUUCCAACAGUUCAGCUGUGCAUGCCUGUUUGCGCGUUUUCUGAAAGGCGCCAUAUCCGUUUAGUAGAUUUAAGACCAGCCAAGUUGUUUUGUGCACGCAACAUCCUCAUGAUUGGAUCUUAUUCCCCUAAAUGGGAAACCGCUAUCCGCAGGUAUACACUUACUUUUCGAAAGGUUAUAAACUCUCGUAGUUAUGCUUUUUAAAAUAGUGUGCCAAGAAAAAGACUGUAGUUUCCCCUGGAGAUUGGCGCUCAUUUGAUCUGUCCGCGCAACUCAUCCUCGAAUUAGUUUGCAUACAAGUCAAAAAUUCUCCAAAUUUCUAUAGUCGACGUUUUCUGCGCCGAAACUUUGUAGACUAUAACGACACUCUGAAUUUGCCCUGUAUAUUUGCACGCGAAUUGUCAGUGUGAGGUGGAAUGUUUUUGGUUAGACGUCGGGAUUGUGACAGCGACAGAAGAAUAGCAGUUGAUUAAAGACCGUCGACUCUCUCCGCGUAAAUGUCUUUCACCAGCCGCUAAGAAUGAGCACAUGGCGUCCAAAGUAUGUCGUGCCGCAGAGACUGUAUGAAGUUAGUUUUUCGGAAAGAAAUCGACUGCUGCUGGAGCAUUUUCAACUUUCUGACACCAAAAUCUUGUCAGCUAAAAUGAACCGAUAAGGAAGUGGGAUCAACGCAUUACAGCGUUUCUGGUCAUACUGACUAUAUCAGCAGACCGCUGUCACAUGAGAGAGGCAGGAGCAGACUGAACGUGGUCAUCUUUAAGAAGGAAGGCGUGGUCAGGACUUUGUUGUCGGAGUGUGGCGAGCUAGGGGAUCAGAGGAACUACAGACGGCUGGGUUAGGUGUCUUCGAUUUGGGAUAUGGGUGAUGGUUAGACGGACGAAUUCGUAGACCCUCGAGGUCAACAUGACGUCUAAUACUGCCGGUAUCGGAACAACAAGCUUCGAUAAAUCUUCCCGCUCAAUUUUUUGUUCAAAUUGGAUCGUUAGGCACGCUGGCGUUACCAUCCAACGACCGCGACAUAUACAGUGAGUGACCUAUCUCAUGAAAUGUUGGCUAAAAUUCUGAAAUGCGUUUUCGAUUGGGAAGGAUUACUUUGUCGUGGUUGUGAUACUAAUAAUCUUAAGGCAUACUCUUAUAACAUUUUGGACUCGGCAGGAUGUCGGCUUUUAAAUGCACUUCUUCACAAUCUCCUAUAGAAAGCGUGCUCGGUAAAAAAUGACUACUUAAGUAGCAAGCAUUUUUCCCAUUGAUUUUCGAUGGUCUUGCAAAUUCAAAGAUAUUUUAUAGAAUCCAUAAAUAAAAAUAUGCUUUAUUUCAGUCAAUCAAUAGAGAAUUACGUCUUCUUUAUAUUUCAUACCUAAGGAAAGAGUAUAAUUAGGUGUUAAAAGUUUAUAAUUAUGGAAUUUUUGAAGACCGCGAAAUGUCAAUUCACAUGGCAUAGUACCUGGACGUUUACCACUGCUUCUCACGAAAUGAACAACAUGGUCCGCAUCCAUUGCAAAAUUUUAUGGACUCUGUAUGAUAUCUCUUUAAUGGCAUAGAAAAAUAUGUGAUUUUUUUACGCGGAACGCAUGCACCUUGCAGACUGCAAUCACUAAGCGCUAAUGCAUCGAAUGAUCAGGCUCCAAAUUAUUCGGCAAUUGGAAAACUUUUUUAAAAUCUAAUUAUGCUCUUUCCUUAAGUAUUAAAAAUAAAGAAGACGUGAUUCUCUAUUGAUUGACUAAAAGAAAGCAUAUUUUUCUUUGUGGUUUCUAUAAAAUGUAUUUGAAUUAACAAGACCAUCGAACAUCAAUGGGAAAAAUGCAUGCUUAUUAAGUAGUCAUUUUUUACCGAGUACGCUUUCUAUAAGAGAUUGAAAAGCAGUGCAUUUAAAAGCCGACAUCCUGGCGAGUCCGAAAUGUUAUAAGGGUAUGCCGCAAGAUAGUCAGUAUUGCAAACGCGACCAAGUAAUCCUUCCUAAUUGAAAACGCAUUUCAGAAUUUUAGCCAACAUUUCAUGAGUUAGGUAAGUCACUGUAUAUGGCAAUAGCUUUAUCGUAAUCUCGACGUCGUUACCAGCUAAAAGCCGACACAGGUGUCUCGCUGACAUUCUCUCAAGUAUGGUGACUGCACUGCUGGCUGCCUGUUGGCAAGUUUAAAAAAACAUUACGUGGUUAUUCCGCUGUGGCUGGUGAACUUCGGCCAAAUUAUUAAUAUUAGUAUAUGCAGUUUCGCCUCGGCCGACUUCUUAUUCAGGUAUUCGAAAGUAUGCGAAUGAGCAUCACGCAUGUGUCGAAACUAGAUGCGCACCCGUGCAACGUUGCGCAUCAGGGCACGAAACAUAAAGAGUUCCAAACAUUUUCCAAACAUUACGGCCGCCCAGGCACCACAUACAUCCCCCUCGCUAACCCUUCCAUAUGUUAAAAGCAUAUCUAAGCUGCUCGAAUAACAGCUGAAAAACCCAUCAGAUAAAAGUAACAUGCCAUCCUGUGGUAACCGUACUUGGUAAAAAUGGCUACUUAAUUAUCAUGCAUUUUUCAAUUGCUUUUCGAUGUUCUUAAAAAUUCAAAUAUAUCUUAUAGAAACCUUAAACGAAAAUAGGCUUUUUUUCAGUUUUUUGACAAAGAAUUACGUCUUGUUUAUAUUUUAUACUCAAGGAGUUGUCUAAGCCACUCUCCAUGCUUUUCCAUACAUCCUUCGAGACCGGAUAUCUGCCACCCGACUGGAAGUCGGCGUGGAUUACGCCGCUGUACAAGGGCGGAAGUCGGGUCUCUGCGAACAAUUUCAGACCUGUCAGCCUCACCUCCAUUUGCUGCAAGAUUAUGGAGAAGAUAAUAAAGCAACAACAAAUGCAGUUCCUUGAACAAAACCAUUUGCUUUCCGAUUCUCAGCAUAGAUUCCGCAAAAGCAGAUCCUGUGUGACAAACCUGCUCUACUGUCUGGAACGCUGGACUAGGGCUGUUGAUAGAGGAGAUAUGGUGCAUACCAUCUAUAUCGACUUUAAAAAGGCCUUCGAUAGUGUGUCUCACCACCGCCUUCUAUACAAACUUUGCCGUGCAGGAGUGCGAGGUAAGCUUCUGAUGUGGAUUCGGAGCUUUUUAGUCGGCCGCUCUCAAGCCGUCCACGUCAGUGACCAACAAUCUGCCGAGGUUGCCUUUAAGAGUGGUGUUCCCCAAGGCUCUGUUCUUUGCCCUACACUGUUCCUCAUAUACGUCAAUGACUGCGCAAACGAACUGAAAUGCGAUAUCGCAAUGUUUGCCGAUGACAUAAAGAUCUGGAGUACCAUACGAAGCGAAGUUGACGAGGCGCGACUGCAGACAAAUCUGGACCAUCUCGAGCAAUGGUCGAAAGACUGGCUUCUACCGUUCAACGUAAACAAGUGUAAUUUCCUACACGUCGGCCGAACCAGUUCUCCUAACCACACGGUCUACCGUCUGACUGGCAAACCACUGCAAGAAGUCGACGCCCAGAAGGACUUGGGUGUAUUGAUCACAACCUCGCUUAAGCCUUCACUGCAAUGCUCAAAGGUAGCCAAGUCGGCGAUGUCCAUUUUUUACCUCGUCAAACGGGCGUUCUCCUCCUUUGAUGAAGACUGCUUCGCCAAGGUCUUUAAAACUGUCGUGCGGCCUCACCUGGAGUUUGCUAUCCAAGCAUGGAGACCCUGGACCGCUAAAGACUUGGGCAUACUUGAAAAAGUUCAACGGCGAGCAACGAAACUUGUAUCUGGACAGUGGUCACUACCCUACGAAACACGAUUAACUAAUCUUGACCUCUUUCCUUUGAGUUACAGACAGCUACGUGGGGACCUGAUAUAAGCUUUCCCCAUCGUGCGCAAUCAGGGCUGCUGCCUCGCGUUUGGAGACUUCUUCGAGUUGGCGACUACGACUAACCUGAGAGGCCAUCCACUCAAACUGCGUGUGGCUGGUGCCCGGCUAGACACCCGAAAGUUCUUCUUCCCCAACAGAGUGGUUGCAGCUUGGAAUGCCUUACCUGAGGAUGUUGUUAUGUCGAGCUCCGUAGAUUCUUUUAAACGGAGGCUAGAUCAGCAUUGUAGCGCACACCACAAUAACGCCGGACUACGGCCACCUUGACAACCAACGCUGACAAUUUAGUGUUAUAACGAUGCUACUACCAACACUUAAGUAAUAUAUGUUUAUGUAAUUUAUUAAGAUUGGCUCACGUCGCACACCGCUGCUCGCAUUCACCACGAUGCCUGUAGACUAAACAAUUUUACUUCUUUUCCCGUAUCUUAAGAGUGCCUCAACUGUCCGCUGUAUUUGAUCAACAAGGCAAGUUAAUGUGCCUCUAAAUUCUGUUAACGCAUGGCAUUCUGUGUUCAUCUGUACAGUUUUUGCUAUUUCCCUCGCAUUUCUUUCAUAUUACUUCGUUUCCUUUUCCUCCAUAUAUAUCCUCUGCAUGUAACCAAUAGGGAUUUCAAAGGUACACACCCACUUUCCCUGAAAUAUACUGAUACUGAUACUGAAGUAGUGUGAUCAGGUUUUAAAAAGUUUUCUAAUUGUCAAAUAAUUUGGAGCCUGAUCAUUCGCUGCAUUAGAGCUUAGUGAUUUCAGUCUACAAGGUACAUGAGUUCCGCGUAAAGAAAAUCAUAUAUUCUUCAAUGCCUUUAUGAACAUAUCAUAUGGAUUCCAUAAAAUUUUGCAAUUGAUGCGGACUAUGUUGUAAAUUUCAUUAGGAGCAGUGGCAAACGGACAGGUACGAUGCUGUGUGAAAGGAUAUUGCGCGGUCUUAAAAAAUCUAAUAAUUUGAAACUUUUCUAAAACAUAGUUAUACUCCUUUCAUCAGUAUAAAAUAGAAAAAGACGUAAUUCUCUAUCAAAUGACUGAAAAAAGCAUAUUUUCGCUCAUGUUUUCUAUAAGGUAUAUUUGAGUUUGAAAGACCCUCGAAAAUCAAUGGGAAAAAUGCAUGCUAAUUAAACAUCCAUUUUUUACCAAAUACUGUUUCUACAGGAGAUCAAGCGAUGUAUUCAAAAGCUGACAUCCUUCUGUGUCGGAAAUAUUAUAGGAUUAUGACGCAAGGUAAUGAGCAUUACAACCCUGCCGAAGUAAUCCUUCCUACUCGAAAACGCAUUUCAGAAUUUCAGUUCACUUUUCUUGAGAUCGGUCACUCACUGUACAUUUAUUUUUCCGCAAAAGUGCCUAAUUAUAUGGUUCUCUAAUGCGCAUAUUCGGUGAGGUUUCAUUUUGAACUUUACUUACUUAAGCAGCUCAGUGGACUAGCAUGCGCAAUGGCCUAUCCCGAGAGCGAUAUUUGCAUUUGGGGGUCAUUUCGGCAGUUAAAAACUGUUGAAUACAUCGGCCCAGCAGUAAAACUUGUUGUCUCACCUUACCUUUGAGGAUUUUUUGUAUUUUUUCUUCGUGGACCCCUUUGACAACAGAAGCAAGUCGAUUUAUCACUGCGCAGUGCGCUGCAAGGUGCUGUCAUCAAUCGUCCCUCGAAAUUAGAUUAAUGUGAUAAUUCAAAUUCAUGUAAACAAAGUCCCCCAACUAGCUUUCCUGUGUUAUUUGGCAUUAUUUUGACCAUAUCAUCGCACUCUCAAGUGAUGCACGAGAUUUCAUCUACAUUUAGAAAGGAGUCCAAAGUCAGAUACAAACGUUUAUUUUAAAUAAAACUAUUUGAAACCAACUUAACUAAACUCACUUCUAGAUUCCAGAAUUACGCAACUUCGAUUGGCAUCUUCCAUUCAUCUUGCUGAAGAAACCUCUGAAACACGAAGUCAAGCUCAUAGGAAGCUUGGUCAAGGCGUUGGCUGAUAAAUUUUGGGAGACAUGUGUGCUCGGAUGGCGCUACGAACCGUAGCUUUAGUCGUGUAGACCUAAAUGCUAUAUUUAGGCCUUGUAUUCUACUGCGAAUUAUCAGCCCUAGACGGUGAAACGUCGUUGUUCAGAAGGGGCCGCCUGUAGGAAUUGUUUUAGGCGAAAACUCGCAAUUCGCUAAAUGACAUAACGAUAAGUUGGUGAGUUCUGCUUGCUUGGGCAGUUAACAGGGGUACCAGUAUCUCUUACUUACGCUGAGAUUACUGGAAGUCGUGGGUUUAAGACACGUCGCACCGACAUGCAUGGGCUGAGACCGACAAGAAUUUGUGCAAGUAAUAGUCCAGUACAUUGCAGUGGAGUAGUCAACGACUGCAGAAAUUCAGGGGUAUACGAUUCACCUGAGGAAAAAUGACAGCUGGCCGAGAUACCAAUAAAUAUACUAUUACACAACCAACAGAUCUUAUGCUAUGAGUCAGCGAAGGUAUUCUACUGAGUCUAACAUGAUUGAAAUAUCGAAACGCGAUAAUCCAACGUACACGUUGGAAAUAAAGCAGGCAGAUAACUGAUAGGGAGCUCAGUCAGUUAAUUUAUCGAACUGGCUCCGGCGUACAGAGCACUGCGCGGCCAUGCCCAGCUCUGAGGCAUCGAUCUAUGAUUGGCUAACACGUCAUGUAAUCGUCUGUCCUUAUUUUAUUCUUACUUCCUCUGACGAUAGACUCCUCAGAACAAUAAAAAGACUAUUCCGGUUCCCAACCAGUCUUUCUCUUCAUAAUUAUUCAAGCUUAGGGGUAACAUCAUACUCUUUACCGCACCCUGAUUAUGGUCUGAACGCAAGCUAUGCUACUCGACAUCGAUCUGAACCCGCAUAUCCGAUAAACAUGAAACUUGAAGAAGGAGACACGAUCGUUAGGACAAUAGCUUUAUUAACCUGACGUUUCGGAUUCCUGCUCGAACCCAUCAUCAGGGACAAAAGUAGCUGGCCUUACUGGACGUCCCCGUAUGUCGCAGAGCUUGUGAUGGACUAAAAACCAAUGAGACAAAUUCAUGCUACUUUAAUAGUCGUUUUUACAGAGUACAGUUUCUGCAUGCAACCGGAGGGAAGUUCAAUUAAAAGACGUCAUCCUGAGGUAACUGAAAUACUAUAGAAUUAUGUUGCGGACUGACUAGUUUUACAACCCUACUUGAUUAAUCCUUUCGAAACGAAAACGCGUUUCGGAAUUUUGGUCGACAUUUCAUGAGUAAGCCCACCUACUGCACGUGAAUGUUUAUUCGGCUAUGUGGAAUGUGGUUAUUUGUCUGCGAGAAACGCCUCCUGCGUUGCGAACGUUCAAUUGCUUUACGGACAAGGCUUCAUGUGUUAUGCAGGCCCACGGGUAAGAUUCAAGUUGUCGUCUGCCGAAGAACAAAUGCUCGCGACCUAGGGUACAUGGUCUUUUUGCCCGUCGAUUAAGGAUACAGUGGACCACUGAUAUUCAAACAUAAGUUUUCGGUCUUCGCCCACAGACCCAAGUAUAUACUGAGAUACUCAAAGUUCACGGUUUAAUUCUGGGGAAAUAAAGAAGCAAAAGUCUCACUGUUGGUGUUUCUAUCAGAAUUCAGACGAGAAAUGCUGGGGAACUCACUGAUGAUCCGAAUCCCUCGCAGCUGUGCCAAGCAACGGCAGAAUAUUGGGAAAACACGCCUGUCUGGGCGUUUAGUUAGUGCUUGUGCUGCGUGUGUGGUAUUUUGCAGCCCUAAAAACUCCAUAACGCUUUAUAACGAUUGUUCUGUCUAUUCGGAUCCUGUGAAUAUUGCAAAGCCGAAGAUAUCUUUCCUGUCGACCGCAAGAUCAAAGGCUCUCCGAAAUUAUUGGUCCUCCAAUUCAUCAGGUUAUAGGUACAAGUCGCAGUCGGCGCAGUGUGCUCGCCAGAAAAUUCAUGAAACGUAUGAGUAAGCAAAAGACCUCACGACGAAGGAACUGCCCUUCUAGAAUCGAGCUUUUUGGCCUUGAUGUGGCCUAGUAGAUGAAACGCCCUAAAAGCGUCUAUUGCUACCUCGGGAACAUUCCGGCCAUCAAAAUGUGAAUUUCCAGAAAACCCACAGAAUGUGGCGGGUCUGGAGUUUCUGUCCAACUUUGUGUCCUAUGGCUGAACGAAAACUUCUCCCUCUGGAGGUCAAGUAACUUUUUCGAUUCAACCGCCCAUUAAACGGUGCGGACUGCGAUAUUCGCAGUCCCCAUUCUGAGUAACACUUACAACGUAAGCUUUAAGUUGCCAAUAGAAGCGAAGAGACGAGUCCCAUGAAAAAGUCUUGAAGAAGGAGGCGCGAUCGCUGGGACAAGAGCUUUAGUAGCCUGACGUUUCGGAUUGCUGCUCGAAUUCAUCAUCAGAGACAACAGCAGAUACGGGCGAUUCAUGAACAAGGGGUUGCAGUAUUUACGGGACGCAGUCACCAUGCUACCUCUUACCCACGAAAAUUCACGUCUGCCCCCUUUCAUCCGGGAUCGCCGCACUUGAUGCGCUAAUUGUUUGAUGGCCAACAUUCCCGUCGUUAAUUGCUCAAUUUCAUCACGUGCGUUGGAUGUUGGUGUGAUGAUUGCUCGACCACCUGACGCACCGACCCUGGUGUUGGGAAAAGUGUUCACCUGUGCGCUCCCCGCGUGGCUAAUUACUCCGCCUAGGCGAAGUCUCAGCACCGAGUAUGGAAAGGGAAGGUCAUUGCACUUGGUAAUGGACUGGGGGCAGUAAAUCAUGGUUCAGAUAGAUCCCGGCUCACGCGGUUGUCACCUCUUGCGAGAAUUUCGGCCUCGUCGAAUUUGAAUUUUUGGCCGAAACCCGUCGAAUGAGCAGCAUUUUGAGAGCUGGUGUCAUUUCUCCGCACCGCUGCAGCGUGUUCGGCCAUUCUCUUUCGGUGCUGUCUUCCGGUUUCUCCGACGUAGCUGCCUUGUCCGCAACUGCACCAGAUCCGAUAAACGACUCCAGACGUUUCUUGCCGUGGCACUGGGUCUUUCGGUUUCAUUACCUGACGUCUGAUGGUUGCCACCGGUCUGUGUGCUAUUUUAACCCCAAGUAGUGCGAGAUGGCGGCCGACAGCUUCCGAAACUGUCUUGACAUACGGAAGCGCUCGCCAAAAUUUGGGGUCCAUGCGGUUUUGCCUUUCGUCCCUUUUGUGUCUGCACAGGUUGAGAAAGUUGCGCGGGUAGCCAUUGGUUUUCAAUACCCGUCCGAGGGGGAGCCGGGAAUAUUCAUAGGUAUGCGGUAGCAUGGCGACUGCAUCCUAUAAAUACUGCAACUCCUUGUGCGUGAAUCACCCGUAUCUGCUGUUGUCUCUAAUGAUGAAUUCGAGCAGGAAUCCGAAACGUCAGGCUACUAAAGCUCUUGUCCCAGCAAUCGUGUCUCCUUCUUCAAGUACGCUUUAAUCCUUUAAAAUUAAUUAUUUGUCAUGUUAGAUAUCGAGGUACACAAAGUCCAACUUAUUUGUUUGUAUUUUAGUAUACACCUGAGUCAGCUGCCUCUACGUACUGCGUUUGCUCAUUCAAAUGAAACAUUCUUACACUUGGAAUUGCUGUUAUGCUAAGACGAUCGUCACUUCCAGGCAGUCUAGUUCUAUGAUCCCUGCAGGUGUGACCUUACGUUUAACCGGAUUCCAUAAGUUUUCUUGUUCUCGCUGACGCAUCAGAGUCAGCUUCGGAAAUAUUAGCCAGUAAUCUUAAAUUCAAGCAUAUCUAACCACCAACCCAAAUUUUAUAGUGCUAAAAAUCAAACUCUACGAAAUUUAGAAUGAUAUACGGUCGCUUUUCAUGCAUCUCCCUCUGAAGACUUUAAGCAUUCACGUUUCGUAUGUGUUUUCAGUUCAAGUUAUCUGUUUAUCCUCAUAUCUCUAAAUGCACACGAUUACAGUCUUCAGGAGUUUGCUAGCCAGAUCCGGUUCGUGAUUUCUGAAAGAAUUUGCCCUAAGCACCAAAUUUGGAUAAAAGGAAAACAACAACAUGUUACCACUGCCAAUAGAAGCGAAGAGACUUGUCCCAGGAAGUAUUCUUGAAGAAGGAGACACAAUGGCUGGGACAAGAGCUUUAUUAGCCUGACGUUUCGGAUUCCUGCUCGAAUCCAUCGUCAGAGACAACAGCAAAGUUACCACUGUUGGUCCUAGUGCCGUCUGACCUGCCUGCAUGACAUGUAGACAGCUGAAAAUAUUAAUGACUUUAUUGGUACUUUACACAUAUGGAUUAAGUGACACGAACGCUGAUUGGGCAGAUCCUCGCUCGAUGCUCUCUGGAUAGUUGUUAAGCACGCUUUUGUUCUUGAGAUGAAGUGAACGUACUUUGCUAUUCAGCACAGUCUGUGCCAACGGCACUUUUUACAAAAUAUAAAUAACCUCUUUAGAUUCAACUUUCCGCAACUACGUGUCUUUUGUGCAAGCAUUACUACGCGUAUUGUGAUGGCCUUGAGAAAAUAUGAUGCUUUCCAAAGGGCCAGUUUUCUGAGCAUUUUUUAUUCUUGGAGUGGAGUUAUCUUGGGUUUUCCUAUUAGCAGAAAAGGAGUGAAGUUCUUACGUCCUUACCCCAAACACCACGACUGCGCGCUUUGCAGACAGCUAGAACCCUGCCCCCGAGGUGUACUUGCAUACCGUGUUUCGAGCACACAUUCGGAGAUACACAAUCUAUGCGUAAACAUCGCAGUUGAAAAAGUCCUCACACGACUAGAUUUUUUGUUUUUGAAAACAAGUGACUAAAUGGGAAUAUAUUGCACUUUAUAUACUGCAAUAAGGUCUCACCACUUAAACCAGGCUUCUAGUACCUACCGUUCGAACAUGAAGUACUGUCGCGCUACAAUGCUUCAUUACAUUCUGCUUGGCGCCGCCGCAAACGGUCUGUGCAUUUUAAUCUGUUAAAUCACAUCUGGUUAAAAUUUUACCUUGCCUGUUGUGUAUAUUCGAUGAUAGUUUGCCUGCCUAUUCGGACUUUACUUGGAAAGUGUACAGAAUGUAGUUCUAGGAAACUAUUUGGAUGAAAAAGUUGAUGGAGACUAACACGACUUCUUUGUGUUAUAAUUGUUUUCAUCAUCUUUCAUCAUUAAUGGAAUUGCUAGUAGUAAGACUUUAAAAUGAAGGUUGAAGGGAAAUAUAUUAUUGGCAUACUGUGGCUAAAAUGUUGACGUAUCUCGUUGGAUGAUCGGCGACUCCAGCUGUCGCAGUACCACCUCGUCCAUACUUCCAUCGAUACGCUUUUUGUCUGGCCGACAAAUUUUCCGCCAUAAGUAAAGUAUGUUCUGGGCCAGAACACCCCAGCAAUUUGAUGAUUUUGGCGUGUCCACGACGAUUAUCCACUUUAUUUUUAAGGAAAAUUAAAUUCCUCAACUAUAAGAUUCAUAAAAAUCAACGUGACGUUUGACGCGGAACUAAAAGGUACAAGGGUCUCAUGUGGAAGGCGACUUUACCGCUUAAGAUUCGGCGACUAGAAACGUGGGAUUCCGAAACGGCCACUAACAGUUCGUAGUUGAAAGUCUCUUUGACCGAUACAAGAAAGGCGUAGCGGGCACCCUCUUUGUGAGCUACAGAUGACCAUUUAAUCGAAUCAGAUGACGCUCAGUAAAUGCUUUUGAAAGAUAAAAUUUUCCAAUUAAAUGCACUUCGUUUUAAUUACCUUAGUCUGCAAAAGAAGACAUGAUGAAAAAUAUGACUUAUUAAGAACCCGCCUCUGAAUUACGCGGCUCAUCGUCCUUUGCUGACACAAAAUUAACCAACCGCCGCUUCCAAACAGGGAAAAACCGCAAAUCCUACUUUUUUACAGAAGAAUUGGCUUUAUGAAUUAACCGCUCCGUCCUUUAAUAAUUCAACACAGUUAACAGAACUCUAUGACUUUUAAUAUCGCCUUGAUUACAUGCCUUACUAAUACCAUAAAUGCGUAAGCACGUGAAUUCUGAUUUUUUAUUGCGAUUCGCGAAAGCUAUCGAAACUGAGCCUGGGUUUCCAAUUGUGUGUGGUAAUCCGACCGUCCAACGGGAACACAAGGCGGAGGCCCAGAAAAUGAAAACCCGCGCAACGCCCCACAGCUGGCCUUGGCAUGUAAGUGCCUGCCUGAUAUUUUAUUUAUAAUGGCAUGGAAAAGAUAAUGAAAAAAACAAAUUGAUUGUAUCCUAAAGAGAGAUAUUGUGUUUGUCUGACUGCAACUACGGGGUUCAAAACAAUAUUUUUGUAUGACAAAAACAAGACAAUACAUCAUUUAGCAUUCAACAAGGCGAUUCACCUAAUUCAUAGGGAAUCAUAUUGAAUAUAGUCUGAGACAAAUGAUAGCUUUUUUGUUACGAUACCUUACUAGUACAAAGUCUCCCAAAGCCCUUACAAGAUGGACAUCCGUUAGUACAAUUAGUACAGUAUCUCUACCGACUACUUAAGACGAUUAGUCUCUUGGACUACAAUUGCAGUUCUUGGAGUGUACACCAGAUUUUUUUAAUUCUUCAAGGUGGGACUGUGGACUACGCGGCUGGGAGGUCGUCCCUACUGUGGAGGAACGCUAAUCAGCAACUUUCUUAUAGUUACUGCGGCGCAUUGUAUAUUUUCUAGCCCUGGACUUCAUAAGUUCCCACUGGGGAAGUUAACCGACAUAGAAGCUGCGUCGGGGGUUCGGUUUCAUGUGCUUGUCGGCACUCAUGACUUCACGAGAGAGGAUACCGCUUAUCAGCUGCGUCUGGUGCACUAUGCAAUGGUUCAUCCUCAUUACAACGACACAAUCCUUGGAAAGGGCUACGACAUCGCGUUAUUAAAACUCCACGAGAAUAUCAUCCCAGGUAUACUGCCACCCAAUUUAGAUUUUAAUUCUGCUGAACCUAAUAACCUGAUUUUAAGAUAA